GUCUAAACACCAUCCGUAGUUGCAGAGUACCCGGAAGCAGCUCAUAACAUUUGGAUAAAGCUUAAUCUCAAUGCUUGCUCCUUAUUUAAUCUCGGCCGCAAACCUAUUAUUUCACCUAGUAGAACGCCGUUCGUUUCGAUUUCUAAUAUGCCGUUUAUUCAUAUAAAUAUGGGAAAUUAUUUAAUUGACAUUUGUAUAUAGUCUGCAGACAUUUCAUUGCCUCUUGCUAGCUGACCACAUCUCUUCUUUAAACCUCCUCACUACGAGUCAAACGUCAACAUGAAGAUCCGAACGUCUGUGUUCACUUCGUUCAUAAUGAUGGCCCAGGUUUUGGGCAUUGCACUCUUCCUACGGGGCUUCUUCCCUGUGCCGGUGAAGUCCUCCGUCUCAGCCAAGAACAAGCUGUCAGACCUGCCCGCCGAGCCCCUGACAGGUGGUCCGCACAACUCAUCCCGGCUCCCAGACCCGCUGUUCAAGAGGGUGGUCAUCAUGUUGGUGGACGCGCUCCGGGAGGACUUUGUGUUCGGACCCAACGGACGGGGGAACAUGCCCUACACAAGCCACCUCGUUGAGCGGGGGUCAACACACAGCUUUGUGGCGAAGGCGAGACCCCCCACGGUCACCAUGCCUCGCAUUAAGGCCCUCACCACGGGCAGCAUCCCGGGCUUCAUCGACGUGGUCAUGAACCUGAACUCUCCGGCGCUGCUGGAGGACAACCUGCUCUGGCAGGCCCAGGCGGCGGGCAAGAGGAUGAUCUUCUACGGCGACGACACCUGGCUGCGCCUCUUCCCCAAGCUGUUCAUGGAGCGCGACGGCACCACCUCCUUCUUCGUGUCCGACUACACCGAGGUGGACAACAACGUGACCCGGCACCUGGACAGCACCCUGAAGCGGGACGACUGGGACGUCCUGAUCCUGCACUACCUGGGCCUGGACCACAUCGGGCACGUGAGCGGGCCCCGCAGCCCCCUGGUCCGGCCCAAGCUGCUGGAGAUGGACGACGUGCUGAAGAAGAUCCACGGCGCGCUCGUCUCUAAGGAGGCGGAGGGCGCCCCGCCCUACCUGCUGGUGCUGUGCGGGGACCACGGCAUGUCGGAGACGGGCAGCCACGGGGGCUCGUCGGAGCCCGAGGUCAACACCGCCCUGGUGCUGGUCAGCCCCGCCUUCAGGAGGAAAGUGGGGAUGGAGACGCCCGGCGUGGUGGAGCAGGUGGACCUGCACCCCACCCUGGCGCUGGCGCUGGGCCUGCCCAUCUCCCUGAACAGCGUGGGCCGCCUGAUCCCGGCCGUGGUGCAGGAGGCGCCGCUCAGGGACCGCCUGCGCUUCCUGCAUCUCAACGGCCACCAGCUCAGCUGCCUGCUGGGGGCCAGCGUGGCGGAGCCCCACCGAGAGGUGGGCGUGGAGCAGUUCCGCGUGGCGGAGAAGGCCCACGGCGGCUGGAUGAAGCUGUACCUGGAGGGAAAUACCUCGGAGGUGCUGGGCAACAUGGGGAAGAAGGUGCUCCGGCAGUACCUGGAGGCCCUGGCCUCCAUGAGCUCGGCCCUCAGCAGGCAACUGGGCAAGUACGACAUGUACUCCAUGGUGGCAGGCAUGGUCAUCGUCUUCCAGCUGCUGCUGGUGCUGCUGCUCGCCAUGCCCGAGGCGCUCAGCGGCGCCGCCCUGGUGGACGUGCCGGUGCUGCAGGCGCUGCUCUCGCUGCCCUUCUACCUGCUGUGCCUGCUGCUGGCCUCCGUGCACGUGCUGGUGUGCACGUCGGCCGGCAGCGCCUGCUACCUGUGCAGCCUCUCCUGGGGCCUCGUGUUCACCGCCGUCGCCUUUGCCUCCGCCACCUUCUGCGUCCUGGUUUCCAUGGCGACGCGGCGCCUCCCGUCGUGGCGGACGACGUCCAAGAGCGGCGGCGGCAGUGGCGGCGGCGGCGGCAGUGGGUGGUCCCUCUCGGAGCUGGACAUCCUGCUGCUGGCGGGCACGGUGGGCCACACCCUGAGCCUGGCGGCCAGCAGCUUCGUGGAGGAGGAGCACCAGACCUGGUACUUCCUGCUCAACACGCUCUGCCUCGCCGUGUUCCAAGACGUCUGCCGCAAGUACUUCAGGGAGCAGCGGCGGCCCGGCGGCAUCGGGGAGAACCGGGAUCACCAGGAGGUCGAGGAGGAGGAGGAGGAGGAGGAGGAGGAGCGCUUCUUUCUGUCGCCGAAGGGCCGGCGCCCGUCCGAUCCCUCUCAGCCGGGCGGGGACCCCCGGUCCCGGGAGAAAUGGCUGGCCCUGGCCACCCCCCCGCUCACCCUGGCCUGCUGCCGGCUGCUGCGCACCCUGAACCAGACGGGGGUGCAGUGGGCCCACCUCCCCGACAUGGGCCACUGGCUUAACAGCUCGGAGCACCGGGCGGUGCUGUCUCUGCUGGCCGCCCUCUCCCUGGUCCUCGUCUACCUCCUGAUUCAGCGCCGCUGCUCCUGGGUCUCCAGGAUAGCCCUGGCCCUCGGCCUGGUGGGGGUGUACAGCUACCGGGCCGCGGUUGGCAACGUCUGGUUCCCCUGGCAACACGGCAGCCAAAGUGUUUCCAAGGGCACAGUGGAGGCGCGCUUCGUAUACGUCUUCGUGCUGGGCAUCCUGUUCUCGGGCAGCAAGGACCUCCUGCGCUCCCAGAUCGCCGCCGCCGCCGCCGCCGCCCCGCUGAAGCGCCGGGGCUUGUGGGAGAUCUACAGCGGGCUGGUGCUGCUGGUGGCGCUACUGUUCCGGGCCCACAACCUGCCAGUGCUGUGCUGCUGCCUGCUGGUGCAGAGCCUCAUGGCGCGCUUCAUCUGGAGGAAGCUGCACUACGACGCCGCGCAGACCACCAUCAUGCACUACUGGUUCGGACAGGCCUUCUUCUACUUCCAGGGGAACUCCAACAACAUCGGCACGGUGGACGUUUCGGUGGGCUUCGUGGGCCUGGAGAGCUACGUGGAGGGGCCCGCCAUCUUCCUGACGGCCCUGGGGACGUACGCGGGGCCCCUGCUCUGGGCCUGCCACCUGGUGUGCUACCUCAACUCGGAGAGCCUCAGGACCCCGGUGGCGCUGGGUCACGGCUGCUAUGUCCUGGCCCUGCUGCGCAGCGUGCCGGUGGCGGCCUACGUGGUGCUGGUGACGGCGCUACGCUACCACCUCUUCAUCUGGAGCGUCUUCUCCCCCAAGCUGCUCUACGAGGCGGCGCACGCGCUGCUCGCCACCGUGCUCUGCCUCUUCCUGGGCGCCAUGGAGACGGCGCAGGCCGACGCCGCCAGGCCCUAAAGGGCCGCACACCUUUGUUUGUUUGUUUGUUUGUUUGUUUGUAUGUUGCCCUCGGCGGCCAUCUUUGUUUGAAAAAUGCAAGCUAGCAUUUGGAAGCCAAGAUGGCCGCCCAGGUGAAGGAGGCCGAUGGACUGAACAUUGAAGACAAACGUCCUGUUUGGGCACCAGGGGGGGGGGUUGUUCUUUUGUUGUUGUUUUGUUUUACAUUUGUUGGGGAAAUCUAUUUAUUGAUCGUGUAACCAAGUAAAAAGUCAAUUGUAGCAUUACCUUGCUGCAAUCUGUUUGGAGGGCUACUGGAAUGAAGUUUAUACUGUUUGUGUGCGAAGUCCUCAGAGACUCCGAGUGUGAGAUGUUGAGAGUUGAACUACAUAAAUAACACUGUUCUACCAGCGGGAUAUGGUGUGAGAACACCAGAACAAAUGUUCUAUCUUAAGAAGAACUUUGGAAGAAGCCAAUCUGCGUUGUUUCCCUCUUGUUUUACUUGGGGGGGGCCGGCCAGCAAGUGUCUGAGUGUCUGAGUGGCCCCCCAGGGUCUGGGUAAGCCGGGGUAUUUAGGGUCAGAUGGGUGCGGUUCUCUUGACGGCUCCUCCGGUGAUUGGAACCGCCGCCGGCGCCGGCGUCCAGAGGACCCCGCGAGUACAGAGCCAGAGCAGCAAAUGAUCUGCUGCCGUCCAAUUACGUGCAGCGUGCUCUGUCACUUUCAUACGACUGAUUGCUUUUGACUCCAGAUGUUUCCCCGAGAAGAAGAAGAAGUCUGGGGAAAUGGAAAUACCCUCCGUGCGGCGGGCAUCUGCGUCUUAUCAGACCGCCGCCCCCGCAAACCCCCCCCCCCUCCCCUCCCCUUCCCCCGCCGCGGCUCUGAGCCGUCGCUCCGCACGCCAAAACAAAGCUCUGGGGCUCCUACUACACACACUACAGUACAACCAAACCUGUAUGUGUGUGUGUGCGUGUGUGUGUGUGUGUGUGUGUGAGUGUGAGCGAAUGUAUGUACCAGGGUGUGGGUAUAUAUCAGGGUGUGUGUGUGUGUGUCUGUGCGCUCGUGUGCGUGUGCACGUGUGGGAUUUAAAUGCGGAAUUCCACGGAAAGCUGAGCAAAGGUUCAAGUUGAGUUUAUGCGCAGCACAAGCACCACUCCUCCAGUCUGCUGUAGCCCUCAGGGCCGCAGCCGCUGACAGGUACGCGGUACUGUGUCCGUCUGUGUCACAGAGCCCUGUCAUGUGACCGGUCCACUCCCGGUCUGGGUGUGACGGCCUCGGCCAUCAGAGGUUCAGCGGCCGGACAACGAGUGGUCACUUCACACCUGGGAGGAUGCAGGUGAUCCGUCAGGACACUGUCAUGUUUCCUAGUAGUUCUGUGAAUGGAAACACACAGAGCAGUCUGUCUAGCUCGCCUCUGAGGUCAAAAAAGAGUCUCUGACCAUUGCAGUCUAUUAUACUGUGUCACCUGAUCAGCCCACAGGUAAAUCACCGAUCUCAUCUCCUUCUAAGACGUUACCAGUAACAUAUUGUUGCUUUCAAUUAUGGUUAUGGACUGGAAGAGAGUAAGAUGCGAGGCUCAUGUUGUGGGGCUUGUUGAACCAUGGCUCUGGCCUGCCCUGAUUCAUUCCACAGUAUCUUCCCGGCUUUCCUUUUCUCCCUUGAUCAUCUUCUGGGAGGGGGAGUGGAAUGGAAUGAUCUGGAAUAGAGAAUGUAAGCGUCUGAGCCGUGCAUAUUUAUUACUGGGCGUAAUCUCAUCAGAAUGUUUUGACAUGCACGAGAACAUCUCCACUGUUUCUUGAAUUAGCUUCUUGGCAAUAAGAUGAACUCUCCGCAGAGGCUGAGUUAGCCUAGUUCUGGGGCUUUGAACAUGAAACAAACAACAGAAACAAACCACCUAUGGUUACAAAACGUGAUUGAAUAUCGUUAAACCACAAGCAGCGUAUUUUUAUAACUCCAAAUCAAAAGGAUUGCACCACAUCUGUGUUAAGAGACUCAUUGUGCACUGCGCUUAGAAAUAGUAAAGUCAUCAUUUAUUCAAGUACAUCGUCAAGGACAUUCACCUCUUCCAAAGUAAAAGUCUUCCUCCAUCAGGCCUGGAGGCUCAGCUUGGUCUGCAGCCUGACAGGGACUGCAGGGGGGGUCGGCCGAGGGGGGGUCGGCCGAGGGGGGGCUAGCGGAUCAGCCCUCUGACAACAGGUUACCUCUUUUAAAGAAGCAUCCUGCUUCGUUAGCGGGAGAGAACGGGAAGGCGAUCCUGCAGCUCUGUGAUUGGGCGGUGGGGCUGAGGCCCCCUUCUGUCGUCCAGCAGAGGGGCUCAAGUACGCGUACGCGUAGGUGUUUCAGAGACUGGCCACCACCUGGAGAGGUCAUCAGACAGAUGCAGAGGUCAAGGCCUCUCCGGGCUGCAGGACGAACCCCUCUGGACCAGAGCGGCCAAGUGAUUUUCCAUCUCGAAUAAUUAUUAGACAGAACUAGAAGUAGUGUGUCUGUCACCGGUUGAAUUGUUAGGUUUUUGUUUUCUAUCCUUUCUAUAACGUCUCUGUAGUGUUGUCUCCGCACUGGCUGGUGCAUCUAUGCAAAUUCGAACUUGUUUACUUGUGUUUGUUUCUGUAAUUUAUUUUGGUUUGUUGUCUUAUCAUUUAAUGGGAUCUGCCCUGAAUAUAAAUCAACCCAUUUCCUUGAAUGGAUAAGCCAUGUCCUCCAACUGAUCCAGAUGCUCGUGUUUUUAGUUCCGUUCGGUUUGAUGGCCUUUUUUUAUUACUUUAUUUCUACUUAUUCCAUGAUGGGAUGAUUGUUGGUUUUGAAUCAGGCUUUUCAUAAUUGGGAGAAUAGUGUGAUAUAAUAUGAAUGGAAGUGCAGGUGGUGGUGAUAAUUGACUUACAUUUUUAUUAAAUAAAAUCCUGUUCUAUGAC